UAAUCCAUCAAGAACUUGUUUAACCAUAUCUGUAGUCAUCAACAAGAAGAAGAUAUUCAAGAUAUGCUUCGAGAUUUGGAAGCAAAAAUAAAGUCUGUUAAAGCAUUUAAAAAGGAAUCUGAACAUUUCUUACAAGAACAUUUCGAUACUAUGGAAUCCAUUGAUAUUUAUGCUCAUACACUACCGCGCACUGUUUCUAAUCCUCAACUAAAGUCAUUUAUACCAGAAGCAGCAGCAUCUUCUUCUACAGACAACAAGUAUGCUUCUCAUCGUCAUUCUAUGUAUGAUGAAAGUAGUUUAUUCAAGCAACAAGACCCUUUCGAUAAUAAGAUUAAAGACGUUACUUUUCUAGUAAAAUCACUUGGAGAGGAGCUUAGUGAAUUCAAGUGUUGCUUGGACAGUACAGAAGAAUUAGUGCAUGAUGUACAAGUAGAUGUAGAUGACUUUAGAAACAGAAUGGAGACGUAUAUCAAGGACAUCCCCGAGUCUCAUUAUUCUGCACUCAAGCAAUUAGAGAUUGAUAUUGAGUCCAUCUUGUCUAAAAGAGCUAAAAACCCUUGGUUAGAUACAGGUUAUGCUUUACUAUCUUAUUUGCUUACAUGUAAGUCUGUUUAUAUCUGAACACACAAAAGAAAACUAAUCCUGGAUAGUGUU